CGAAGGGGCCUUGUCAUGGCGGCUGUCUCGGAGGGGGCUGACGGUGUGCGCUCUGCCGAGGCCGCGGACUCCGCGAUGGAUGAGACCGGGAACGCGAACGCUAACGGGGCCGGGGCUGCGGCCGCUGCAGUGGGCGAGCCUGAGGCCGAGGCGCCGCCGCUGCCGGGGCUGCAGUUGGUGCACCAGGGCGCCGAGGCGCGCGUUUACCGGGGGCUCUUCCUCGGGCGGGCGGCGGUGGCCAAGCUCCGCAUCCCGAAGCGGUACCGGCACCCGGCGCUGGAGGAGCGGCUGAGCCGGCGGCGCAUGGCGCAGGAGGCACGGUCGCUGCUGCGGUGCCGGCGGGCAGGGAUUUCGGCUCCAGUGGUCUACUUUGUGGAUUAUGUCACCAACUGCAUAUAUCUUGAAGAUAUUGUAGGCUCGAUUACUGUUCAAGAUCAUAUUAAUUCUGUACAGCGGAGUGAGAAUGAUACCAGCAGCCUGCUUACCUUAGCAGAGAAGAUGGGUGAGGUGUUAGCGAGAAUGCACGAUGAAGAUCUUAUACAUGGGGAUCUUACAACUUCCAAUAUACUCCUGCGGCCACCCGUGGAGAAGCUGGACUUGGUGCUGAUAGACUUUGGACUCAGUUUUAUUUCAGGACUGCCAGAAGAUAAAGGAGUUGAUUUGUACGUGCUGGAAAAAGCCUUUCUUAGCACACAUCCAGAUACUGAAACCUUAUUUCAAGCUCUACUAAAGAGCUAUGCAGCUGCAUCAAAAAAAUCUGGCCCUGUGAUCAAGAAGCUGGAUGAAGUACGACUAAGGGGAAGGAAGAGAUCCAUGGUUGGAUAGAAGAGUGGGUGUAGGGAUGGAGAAGUGUUACUACUUAGGUUCUGCAGAUAUGGUUAUUUAUAUUUCCAGCUGGUUUUAUUUCAGAGAUCACUAUUUUGAUAACUGUGUCUUUAAAUAAACACAUUUGAGUGU